GCAAAGUGAUCAGGAUUGGACCGCACGUCGAUGUACCAAAGAAUAUUAGAACUUGAAAAUGAAUAAGAAGAUUAGUCAAAAGCGUCACGAUGAAAUAUGCGACCGAUUGGCAAUAACCAAGCAUUUGGUUGAUAAAGUAAAAUCAUACGGCAAUGUCACCGUGUCGGGUACACAUAGACUGAAAAGUAUUAUUAGCCAAUACACAGGCGUGAAAGAAGAUAUAGUAGAAGAAGCUUUAAACUAUAAGAAAAAGAAGACAUUCAGUGAUUUGUACUUAUUAUCAGAUCAAGUUUCAUCUCAUAAAUAUGACCCAUCGGCAUUUUCUCUGCGCUUCGAAGAUGUAAGACGAAUCAUCUUUGAUCUUUAUGUAAACGAACUACAAAUACCUAACAAGCAUUCCAUAAUACAAGCCUUACUAAAGUUACCACGGUACAAAGACUACUCUGUAUCGAAUCUAGAAACCGACCUGUACUACAUCGGGUUCAUAUGGAAACGACUUCCAAACUCUAAGAAAUAUAUCGUAGUAGAAAAAUCUGAACAAUUCAUGGAAAGGAUGAAGUAUUUGCAACGUAUGCUGCAAUAUAGGAGUGAUAAUCGAGUGCUCAUCCAUGUUGAAAGAACUAUAAUCAAAUACCAAGCGCCCCUUGAAAUCACUAUGGCAGCGUGCCCUCAAACAGGCCUUAUCGACAUCUCCUUACCUUUCCAAACACUAUCCAUGGAAAAUUGGCUCCAAACUAUAAUUCAUGGGAUACCUUCGAACUCAGUGUUUGUCGUGCAACUCCCAUCGAAUACAGAAGAAAAAAUGAACUGGAUUCCGAACAUUCAUAGUGGAAAAGAUGAAAUGAUUAAGUGGUUGGAAGCACAUGGAAUACCUCACGAUCCCAAACAACAUAGUGCUGAACUGUAUACCUUAGUACAGAAAUACAAAUGCCACUACCCGUCUACUUAUAAAUUUGUUGCGUCUUUGGAAGCUGCUGGUCAUGAGGUGAUUAUACGUCCUCCUGUACUGAAUGGGUACUUCGAUCUGUCCUUUCUCUCAGACAAGUUAAGCAGUUCAUCCAGCAUACAUGCUAAACCUUUAAUUACAAAGACCACUUUUCAAGAAAUGAUUUAUGAGAAGUUCUCUGGGUAUAGUUUAUUGAAAUGGUUAAUGGACGAUAGAAAGAUGGCAGACAGAGAAAUGCAGAUGUUUGAUGAGGAUCAGAAACUGGAAUUGGUUCUGGAUAAUCUUUUGGACAAAAUAAAUGAUGGGUGUAUUAGUGAGGCUGAUUUAGAUGCAUGCGAUGGAAAAGAGUGUGAUCUUAAAUUUUGUGAUCGUAUUUUAGUGCCACAGAACAAAUGAGUAACUGUGAAUA